AUGGGGCGCCCCUCUAGCUGCUCCCUUGCCCUUGAUGAUGGGGUGGAGGAGGGGGGCCCCCUUGGGGGCCCCCCUCUGGGGGCCCCUCUGGGGGCCCCCAUGGGGGCCCCCAUGGGAGCCCCCAUGGGGAGGCCCCUGGGAGACCCCCUAGAGACCCCUCUGGGGGGCCCCCAUGGGGGGCCCCUGGGGGGCCCCCUGGGGGCCCCAUCGCCUAUAAAGAGAGAUAUUGAGGCCCCUUGCGGGUCUCCAAAGUGUAGCAGAGAAGUUCAAGAUGAUGCUUGUGUCUUGAAUGUCCCAGCAGCAGCAGCAGCAGCAGCAGCAGCAAGUCCCGUUGCUGCUGCGGCUGUAGGCAGUGCAGCAGAAGCAACGGCGGCAGCAGCAGCAGCAGCAGCGCAAGUAUCGGAUACUCCCUUGGGAUACCCAGAGCAGCAAAAGCCGCCUGCUGCUGCUGCUGCAGGGGGGCCCCAAGCUUUUGCUGCUGCUGACGAAGGGGCAGCAAAAAAGGCUGGCAAAGAGGGGCCCUCACGUCACAAACGGAGCAGCGCCACCUCUGACUGCAGCAGCAGCAGCAGCAGCAGCAGCAGUGGGACCAGCAGCAGCAGCACCAACAGCAGCAGCAGCAGCAGCAGCAGUGGCAGCAGCAGCAGGAGGCACAGGGGGGACACAGCAGCAACAGCAGGCCGCCCCUGGUGUCGGUACACCUGGACUUUCGCGCAGCACUUCAAAGACCCGCAGCUGCUGCUGCUGCACUCUGCUGCUGUUGCUGCUGCUACGAGGAGGUGGCGGGCGCUUCAAGGAGCAGCAGCAAGCCAGCAGCAGCAGCAGCAGGACCCGGAGGAGCAGCAGCAGCAGCAGCAGCACGAGCAGCAGCAGCAGCAGCAGCAGAUAAGGGUGCCCCUCCGCGUUGUUCGCGACACUGCUGUGUACGUACACCCCAGCGCUGAGGGGCCCCCUGUGGGGCCCCACAACCCUAAUGUCUUUUAUGCUUUAGAUUACCCAGGGGGGCCCCCUGGGGGCCCCCAGGGGCCCCAGAAGGGGCUCCGGGGGCCCCCCGAAGCAGAAGGGGUAGCAGCAGUGCAGCAGCCCGUGCUGCUGCUGCAUUCUGCUGCUCUUGGCUUCACGGAGGAAACGUCUGAGCUCUGUGAGCAGCAACAAACGAACAGCAGCAGCAGCAGCGACAGCAGCAGCAGCAGCAGCAGAAGCAGCGUAAACAAUUUUAAAUGGCAGCCAGGGGGCCCCCUAGAGAAGGGCAGGCCAAGGGCCUCGUCAGGGGGAGAAACCUUGCUGCUGUUGCUGCUGCUGCUGUUGCUGCUAGUGUUGCUGCUGCUGCUGCUGUUGUUCUGA